AUGGAAGAGCCUGAAACAUUUGAAUCUGCGGGCUUGGUCCGUGUAGUAGUCGUGGACUCUGCGGAAGUUGAUGAUCAGGUUUAUGAAGGAGCCCACCAGGGGGGCUGACGUGACUCAGUCGUUGUAUGUUAAAUCACGCAAAUUUAAAAUUUAUAAAACUAGAAAAUACGAAUUUUCGGAUAUUUAGAAGUAUUUCAAAAUAAAUAUAUCAAUUAUAAUUCAAUAAAAAUCCCAAAAAUAGUGGUAAUUUUCCAGGUCGAUCACAGGGAUGUAAUAUAAUAUCUGGUAAUUAUUCAGAAUUUUUCUCAAUGAGUACGAUUUUCUUACGAAUUUUAUACUAGGAAAUAAAAAGAAAUAUAUUUAAAAUUCACAAAAAGAAAAGGAAAUAAGGGUGCGGACGUCAGGAUGACGUCAGCGCCCGGCGAACGCGAAUCAGGCGGAAACAGAGUUCCGCCCGGCGAUUCUUACGUAGGCGAUUACAGACGACUCAAUUAAUCAAAUUAAGAUCUGUAAAAGCCGGAAGAAUCGUAGUUGAACGAAGUAUAGUUUGGUAAAUAAAAAUCAACAAAGUAUCACUAAAUGAAGCGUAAAUUAAAUUGAAAGCAGGAAAACAGAGUUCCGGCGUCGCGACGGCGAUGCGUCGGCGAUGCACCGGAAUCCUGAGCGUUCGGGAGGAUCGUCGUGCAGUGUCCACGGCCUCGAAGGCUCUCCUUGGACAAAGACGACGUGGGCAAUCUCUAGAUAAAGCAGGAAAACAGAGUUCCGGCGUCGCGACGGCGACGCGUCGGCGAUGCACCGGAAUCCUGAGCGUUCGGGAGGGUCGUCGUGCAGUGUCCACGGCCUCGAAGGCUCUCCUUGGACAAAGACGACGUGGGCAAUCUCUAGAUCUUCUCGCGAAGUCUAGAGACCAAUGAAGUGGGUCGUCGAAUCGUCUCCGGCGGCUGUCACCCGGCGGAGCGGAAAAACGGCGACUUUGCGGCUCUCCGGCGGCUGUCACCCGACGGAGAGGGGCUGGAUGGAGGUGAGGCGCGUGUUAGGGAGCUUCAUCCUCAGGUCCGCGCAGCAAGAGGAGGCUCUUCAUCGCAUCUGGUACGCUCUCAGGAGGUGGCGACUCGUCUCCCGGCGGAUCGUCCUCUUCCCGACGACGGCUUGUUCGUCGAUCAAUCGGAGAUGA